AGGGAAAGGUGCGGUCACAUUUUCCGGAGGAAUAAAAAAAGAUGAAGGUAUAAUAAUCUGCAUUUUAACUCUAGCGGCUACCGAGUUGUCAACUUCACCAGACCUAUAAGUUCUCUUACCUGGUCUUUUACUGAAGAGCCUACUGGAUAUUAACCAAAAAAAAGAAGAACCUACUGGAUACCUCCUCAAGAUGGAAGAAGUUGAGGACUUGAAUUACAUAUACAGAAACCGAAAUGCACCCACUGAAGCUCGAGUCAAGGAUCUCCUUUCUCGCAUGAGUUUGGAAGAAAAGGUGGGCCAGAUGACCCUGAUAGAGCGUCGGGUCGCUACCCCUUCUGCCAUUAGAGACUUCUCGAUCGGGAGUAUAUUCAGCGCUGCAGCAAGUGGGCCCUUCAAGAAUGCCUUAUCGGCGGACUGGGCCGACAUGGUUGACGAGUUUCAGAGGUCUGCACUAGAAACCCGGCUCGGGAUCCCACUGAUGUAUGGGAAUGAUGCGGUGCACGGGAGCAAUAGUCUGCAUGGUACCACUAUAUUUCCUCACAAUAUUGGUCUUGGAGCUACUGGAGAUGCAGAUUUAGUUCAAAGGAUUGGUGCGGCAACUGCUCUUGAAGUUAGGGCGAGUGGCAUCCAUUGGACUUUUGCUCCCUGUGUGGCUGUAUGCAGAGAUCCCAGAUGGGAAAGUUGCUUUCUGAGUUACAGUGAAGACACUGAAAUUGUUAGGAAGAUGACAUCGAUUAUUUCAGGCUUGCAGGGGAAGCCGCCCCAAGGACAUGAAAAGGGCUACCCUUUUGUAAUGGGAAGAAACAACAUUAUUGCCUGUUCCAAGCAUUUUGUUGGAGAUGGGGGUACAGAUAAAGGUGACAAUGAGGGAAAUACCAUAUCAUCUUACAGUGACUUAGAGAGGAUUCAUAUGGCACCUUAUGUAGAUUGUAUUUCUCAAGGAGUUUCCAGUAUCAUGGCAUCUUAUUCCAGCUGGAAUGGAGAUAAGCUACAUGCUCAUCAUUUUCUCCUGACAGAAAUCUUGAAAGAUAAGUUGGGUUUUAAGGGAGUUGUGAUUUCUAACCGGGAUGGACUUAGCAGACUUAGCACACCUCGAGGGUCAGAGAGUCGUUCCUGCAUUAUAUCUGCCAUUAAUGCUGGGAUUGACAUGGUUAUGGUGCCUUUCAGAUUUAAAGAUUUUGUGGAUGAUUUAGUAUAUCUGGUGAAAAAUGAAGACGUACUAGAGUCCAGGAUAGAUGAUGCUGUUGAAAGAAUACUCAGAGUGAAGUUCGUUGCUGGUCUUUUUGAGCAUCCCUUUUCUGAUAGAUCUUUGCUGGACCGAGUUGGUUGCAAGCUGCAUAGAGAUCUAGCACGUGAAGCUGUUCGCAAGUCCUUGGUUCUGCUGAAGAAUGGAAAGGAACCAUGGAAACCUUUUCUUCCAUUAGAUAGAAAAGCGGAAAGAAUACUUGUUUGUGGAACGCACGCUGAUGAUCUUGGAUAUCAGUGUGGAGAAUGGACAGGUACUCGGGUUGUAAAAAGUGGAAGGAUCACAAUUGGCACAACCAUCUUGGGAGCUAUUAAGAAGGCAGUUGGAAACGAAACAGAAAUAAUUUAUGAGAAAUAUCCAUCAACGGACACCCUAGCACGUGAAGAUAUCUCUUUUGCAGUUGUUGCUGUUGGUGAAGCUCCAAAUGCCGAGUUUUGGCAUGCGACUGCCAAAUUGGAGCUCGUGAUCUCUUUUAAUGGACCGGAUGUCAUAAGCUCAGUUGCUGACAGAAUCCCAACAUUGGUGAUUCUGAUAUCUGGAAGACCCUUAACUGUAGAGCCAAGUCUCUUGGAAAAGAUGGAUGCACUUGUUGCUGCUUGGUUGCCUGGUAGUGAAGGAGAGGGAAUUGCGGAUGUCAUCUUCGGAGAUUAUAAUUUUGAGGGCCAACUACCGAUGACAUGGUUUAAAAGUGUUGAACAGCUCCCAUCGAAUGUUGGAAGUAGCUCAUAUGACCCUUUAUAUCCUGUUGGCUUUGGAUUAACAUGCAAUAAGGAGAAAGUUAUACAGUGAACAGGUUUUGACGAUUAAGUCCGUUCUCAAAUUCUGAGUAGACCAAGUUCCUUGAAUCUGUAUAAGGCGUUUAAAAAGAAGGGCUGUUCAUUAAUGGAUGUCUGUCUUGUCAAAUGUGUAUCUCUCUAGUCUUGGUUUGGUGGGAUUUGACUCCUCCCUUCAUAGUUCAUACCAUCAUCAUGUAAUAAUAACUUUUUAGGUCUUCCACACAAUCGUUUUCGCUAGUUUGUUUUGUGUUUAUUUGUUAUUACUCACCAGAGAGUAUUGGCUUAGUCCUUCUCUCUUUGAAGAUAUUGGCUUAUUUUUCUUUAAAUAAACUUUGGGGCGCGAGAAGGAGGCUUAUUGCCUA